AUUUUUCCAUGAAAGCAGCGAGUGUUGACCCAUUUUAACGCUACCGGUUAUCAGAGGACGUUCACUUCACUCACAACACGAGCUGCGUCCACGUGGCAGCUUUGCUCCGCGCGGACUUGGCUCAUUGGCUCUCUGCAAGAUCGAGUUCACACUUGAAAUGGUAAAGAAAAGAGUGGCUGACAUGCUGGCAGCUCUUCUUCUCUCCCUGCUCCUGUGUGCAGGAAGUGAUGUCAAAGCAAAGGUGUUGGACAAGAAUCCCAACUUUGUCCUUAUCAUGGUGGACGACCUCGGGAUAGGGGAUAUCGGCUGCUAUGGCAAUGAUACCAUCAGAACACCAAACAUAGACAGACUUGCUUCAGAGGGAGUGAAGCUGACCCAGUACAUUGCAGCAGCUCCGCUCUGCACUCCCAGCCGGGCUGCUUUCAUGACAGGCCGUUACCCACUCCGCUCAGGGAUGGCCAGUACAGGCCGUGUCCAGGUGCUGCUGUUUCUUGGAGGUUCUGGGGGACUUCCGCCUAAUGAGACGACCUUUGCUAAGAGGCUGCAGCAACAGGGAUACACCACAGGCCUAGUAGGUAAAUGGCACCUGGGUGUGAACUGUGAAUCCAGAGGUGAUCACUGUCACCACCCAAACCAACAUGGUUUCAGCUACUUCUAUGGCCUGCCCUUCACCCUUUUUAAUGACUGUGUUCCUGGGGAGGGCAGCGACGUCCUGGUGGAUCUUCAACUCGCACUGCAGCAGCUAACCCUGUUGCUCGGACUGGGACUUUUUACAAUGGUGUGUGUCCGUCUAUGUGGACUCCUUGAAGUCAGCCAUUGGCUCCUGGUGCUGCUCUUCUGCCUCAGUAUAAUAGCAGCUGCAGUGUGGUAUGUCCCCUUUGUGCACCUUCGGACCUGGAACUGCAUCAUUAUGAGGAACCAAGAUGUGGUAGAGCAGCCCAUGGUGGUGGAGACGCUGCCCCAGAGACUGCUGGCAGAAGCACAAAACUUUAUAAAGAGGAAUGCGGAUCGUCCUUUCCUCCUCUUCUUCUCUUUGGCUCAUAUCCACACGCCUCUUUUCACAACGCCUGCCUUCGCUGGGAGGAGCCGCCAUGGUCGCUAUGGUGACAACCUAGAGGAAGUGGACUGGAUUGUUGGUCAAAUAACAGAAACAGUGGAUUCUCUUGGCCUAGCCAACAAUACCCUCAUUCAUUUCACAUCGGACCAUGGAGGGCAUUUAGAAGAUGCUGAUUCUCUCAUUGGCCAGAAAGGAGGAUGGAAUAGUAUUUAUAAAGGUGGCAAGGCAAUGGGGGGCUGGGAAGGAGGGAUCAGGGUGCCUGGUAUUUUCCGCUGGCCUGGCAGACUUGCAGCAGGAAGAGUAGUGGAUCAGCCUACGAGCCUCAUGGAUCUCUACCCUACCCUAAAAUACUUGGCCAAGGACACCCAACCAGACAGACAAUUAGAUGGCUACAACCUUAUGCCAGUGUUGGAAGGGAAGACUGCACGAUCAGAACAUGAAUUCAUGUUCCACUACUGCGGCAUGUACCUGAAUGCAGUACGGUGGCACCCACCCGAUAGCGACUCCAUCUUCAAGGUGCACUUUUUCACUCCGAACUUCUUUCCACCUGGUGCUGGGGGUUGCUAUGACACCAAGGUUUGCCUAUGUCAUGGUCAGCAUGUGACACACCAUGACCCGCCACUGCUGUAUGACCUUUUCCACGACCCCUCGGAGUCCCGACAGCUGACCCCUGAGAGCGAGCCUCGAUACACCGAAAUCCUCGAGCAAACUGCCAGAGCCGUAGAGAGACAUAAGAGCACCUUUCCAAGCAAGGAGCGAUCUAAUGACAUUUAUGCGCAGUCCGAUACUGUUCAAAACCAAAUGAGCUGGGAGAAGAUUUUGUGGCGACCCUGGCUGCAGCCCUGCUGUGGGACAUUUCCUUUUUGUGGGUGCAGGGAGGACGCCGAACAUUUAUGAGAUGGUUUCCACUUAGUGAAGGGCGUUUUUGUUCAAAGAAGUCCUCAGUUUUGACUUGUGACGCUUUAAUAAAGGUUGGAUAAGAUACA